AUGGACACCCUUGUGGCGGCGGAUGGCUUGAGCCAAGGGCUGACAGAGACCCUAGAAACGGGUACACAAACGGUAGAAGGCGUGAUUCCAGGCGAGAAACCUGCGCACAUUGAUUGCCCUGAUGCUGCGCACGGUGAUUGGCUAACAGUCAUGAAGAAAGGGGGGAAAAACACGCACGUUUCAACAAAGAAGCAUUUAGGGAAGAAUCAGAAGCAGUUACGCGAGGUAUCAGGAGGUAAAAAGGAACAGAAUCAGGUGGGGAAUUAUGGAAAUAAGAAGAAUAUUCCUAGUGGGGCCCAGGCCAUCAAUUCAAUCAUUACUCCCAAUAUCUCCUCAACUCCUGGAGAUUCUCCACAAGGUCGGAAAUGGGGCAGGAAGGAGCCCACCUUUCAGGGCCCAUUCGGUAAUUCCCAUGGUGCUUCAUCUCCGUCGAAUCCAUCCUUUGUUGGGCAGCAAAAUGGUACCCAUGGUAAAAACAUGCCCGCGACAAAGAUGAUAGGGAACAAGAAAGUUUUUGUUUUUGGAGAUGGGACCAUGACAACACUCAAAUUACAGCAGCAAGAGCGCAACCGCUACAAACUGCUAGCCGAUGAGGAGGAGGACCAAGGGAACAACAUGGCCAUUCAACACUUUGCUUCUGUUGAACAUUUCUGGCGAGAUGUGGGUUAUGAGCUUGUUGGUUGCUCUGAGGCGGUGGGCCAUCGGGGGAGAAUCUGGAUUUUGGCAUCGGUGAGCCGGAACUUCACUGUUCAGACAGUGGAUGUUCACUUCCAGGUGGUGUCCGUCUCUAUCUCGGUGGAUCACAUGACUUGGCGUUGCUCCGCGGUGUACGCUAGCCCCAAUCCGAUGUUACGGGAGGAGCUUUGGGGUCAUUUGGUACACUUACGGCAUCAAACUCUCGAGCUGUGGCUUGCAUUAAGUGAUUUUAAUGAGAUCACCUCUCCAACUGAGGUGUCAGGAGGUUAUUUCUGUCAGGCACGAGCAACUCGAAUGCUCAAUAUGAUGGAAGCAUGUGAAUUCAUUGAUUUGGGUGCCAUAGGUGGAAGUUUCACUUGGGAAAGGAGGAUUCAUGGCAACAGGAAGGUAUCAAAAAGAUUGGAUAGGGCACUCGGCGAUAUCUCUUGGCGCCAUAUCUUCCCUAAAGCUUAUGUGGAGCAUCUUGCUCGUGUCUACUCGGACCACUGUCCCAUUCUGGUUCGCUGUAAUGCUCAUAUGGAGGAUCGCACGGCUCGCCCCUUCCGCUUCCAUGCAGCAUGGGCCACUCACCCAGCCUAUGAGAACGUGGUCCGAGGCACUUGGGAGAAGCCACCGCCAUCUUUAGUUGGUAAACUUGACAAUGUAAGAAUGGCUUCCCUUGCUUUUAAUACUGAUGCGUUUGGCAAUAUUACCCGCAGGAAGAAGCGAGUGGAGCGACGCCUCCAAGGGCUUCAACGCGAAUUGGAGGUGCGAGAGACGAAAUCAUUGUUGCGGUUGGAAAAAGAUUUAAGAGAAGAAUAUGAACAAAUUAUGACACAAGAAGAAAUAUAUUGGUAUCAGAAAUCCCGUGAGAAAUGGGUGAGGCUCGGCGAUCGCAACACCAAGUUCUUUCACACUCAGAAGGUCACCCGGAACCAUGUUAUGGAAAUUAGAACCCCUUCCAUCUACGUGGAGGAGCGCGCGAAGCUUAUCAAUCCGGUCUCCUUGGAGGAGGUUCGUAGCGCUGUCAUGGCUAUGCAACCCUUCAAGGCCCCGGGUCCCGAUGGGUUUCAAGAAUUCUUUUAUAAGCAGUUUUGGAGCAUUGUAGGCCAAGAUCUUCACUUUAUGGUGGAUGAAGCUUUUGCGCAUGGGCAAAGGGAUUCCUCUCUGCUAGAAACGCUGAUUGUGCUUAUUCCUAAGAAAAGAGUGGAUGAGAAGUCUUGGAAACCUGUCCGAAUUACUAAGGAAGGUAUUGGGAUCUCCCGUUUAUUCUUUGCUGAUGAUGUAUUGCUAUUUUGCCAAGCUAAUAAAGUCCAGAUGCAGGUGGUGGCUGAUACUUUGAAGGAUUUUUGUGAGGCUUCGGGGAUUCGCCGAGCGGCCAAUUUAGGCAAAUACCUUGGGAUUCCCCUUCUCAAGGGUAGAGUCACAAGGGAUCUCUUCUUUCUCAUCAUGGACAAAGUUAAUGCUCGAUUGGCUUUUUGGAAGACUCGAAUGCUCAACAAGGCGGGGAAGCUUUGCCUAGCAAAAUCAGUCCUCACCUCCUUGCCAGUUUACACCAUGCAGUCCCUUUGGCUUCCUCAAUCGGUCUGUGAGUUUAUUGACAAAAAGAUCCGGUGCUGUCUUUGGGGAAAGGGCUCCAAUAAUCGUGGCGUAAAUUUAGUUUCUUGGGGUGAUAUUACUCAACCGAAGGAGAGUGGCGGCCUAGGGCUCCGGAACACUAGGGGGAAUAAUAUUGCUUUGUUGGGAAAACUAGUGCAUGAGUGCCUUCAUGAUGGAACUAAGCCUUGGGUCCAAGCUAUCUCCCAAAAAUACUUGAAACAGAACCUGGUGCUCCAAGGCAAGUAUAAGAAUGGUGAUUCCUAUAUCUGGAAAAGCAUCAUGCGUGCGAAAGAUUAUGUUGGGAAUGGCUUCCAACCGCAUCUCAGUAAUGGUCAAUCGUCGGUGUGGUAUUCUAAUUGGCUGGGCAUGGGUCGCCUUUGUGAUAGGGUGUCGUUUGUUAACAUAGCUGACACACAACUGGUUGUAGCAGAUCUUUGGGACAAUGGUCAGUGGAACUUUCAUUUACUGUAUACCUUGCUGCCACCAGAUAUUGAAGAUGAAGUUAGAAACAUUCAUGUCCCUCACAUUAGGUCCCAUUUUGAUGCUUUACGUUGGUGGCAUGACACCGGCGGAUGCUAUUCACCAAGCACAGCGUACCAUAGCUUGUAUAACCAGGCUGAAGAUGGCUUUGCCAAUUGGAGGAAGGUUUGGAAAGCCAAGGUGCCAGAGAGAGUCUGCUUCUUUCUCUGGCUCGUAUCCCGUGAAGCUCUUCCCACCAAUUUUCGAAGAUUUCAGUCCCAUCUUGCGGUUUCCGCCGGCUGUCCCCGCUGCGAUGCUGAUACGGAGGAUGUGGACCACCUUCUCCGAGGAUGCCCUGAUUCAAGGAACCUUUGGAGCUACUUCUGUUCCGUUCUCCCCCCGCUUGCGGUGCAGGUUCCUCUCUCCCAGUGGCUUGGCGAGCUUCUGUCUCACGCAAACUCCACCCUUGGUAUCUCCGUCAUGUGGUGGGCCUGGAAGCGGCAGUGUCAAUGUGUUUUUGAACUACAGGCUACCACCAUUAAUCAGGUUCUUCGCUGUGUGUUACGUGAUGAAGCUCUCUGGCGAUCAACCCUUUUCCAGCAACCGGGGCAGCUUCAUUUAAUGACAUGA